CCUCGGUGCACGGGGGGCCGCCCCUUCCGGCAGCCAUGGACACCGAGGCGCUGGACGAGCUGGCCGGGCAGCUGCGGGGGGAGGCCCUGGGGGGGCGCGGGCUGCUGCAGCUGGCGACGGCCACCGGCUUGGCCGCCUACGCCGUCUGGGCCGCCGUGCUCAUGCCCGGUUUCCGCCGGGUGCCGCUGCACCUGCAGGUGCCCUACAUGCCGUCCAGCGCCCAGCAAGUGGCCAACGUGAUGGCGCUGCUGCGGGGCCGCUCGGGGAAGACGGCGGAUUUGGGAUCGGGGGACGGACGGCUCGUGCUGGAGGCUCAUAAGCAAGGGCUCAGGCCAGCCGUGGGCUACGAGCUCAACCCGUGGCUGCUGUGGCUCGCCAAGUACCGUGCUUGGAAGGCAGGGUGCCACGAGCAGGUCUCCUUCCUGAAGCAGGACCUGUGGAAGGCAAAUCUUUCUGAUUGCUACAACGUGACCGUGUUCCUGGCUCCCAGCGUGAAGCCUCCGCUAGCUGCCAAGCUCCUUGCAGAACUCCCCGACGAGGCUCGCGUGGUGGCCGGACGCUUCCCCUUCCCGUCGUGGACCCCGAGCAGCACCCUGGGGCAGGGGCUGGAGCAAGCCUGGGCCUAUGACAUGAAGGAGGUGCGGCGCGCGGCGCGGUGCGGAGGGACACCCGGUGUCACGGCACCUCCUGGAGCCUCUCCCACCGGUGGGCUCAGCCCAGGAGAGCAGUGAGAGGGAGGGAGAGAGCGGUGCUUGGCCAGGCUUUUUCCCCACCCCAUCCAAAAAAAAAGGGGGGACUUGGUCCCUCCGUAUAUUCCAGAGUGGUCAGUUUGGGGGAGGGAAAAUCAGAUCCAGAACGAUCACACGAUUUAAGGGCUACAUCUCCAGUGCCUCUUUCUGUCCGAUUGGUGAUUUGGGAUAAUUUUUCCAAAUAAACAUUUGGACAGUU